AUGGAUCUCACUCUAAGACUCUUCAGUUAUCCGAAUGGAUUUCUAGUCGAAAACCAAUCGGAGGUUGGUAGUGUCGGUAGCAACGGGUAUGCUAUUGGCUCAAUCGAUCUUAAUUCCUUCCCGGAUAACGAUGAAUCUCUUACGAGCCACAUUGUUUCCGGCUCGACUAUUGGCUCGUCGAAUGCUCCGGACAUUGUCACGGAUAAGUCGAGUAGCGAGAGUCGGGUGGUUUGGGAUUUCGGCAAGGGGAUUAGCCGGUCGAUUCCUGAUGGUAGCGACGAGUCGAGUGUCGGUGGAGUAUUUUCGCUUGAGGACAACAGGAAAUGUGGUCGAAAGGAUGAGGUGAAUGUUAAGAAAUCGCGUUUGGGAACAGGGGAGGAACAGAGAUUGCCCGAUGUUUGUAAGGAGUCCAAUGAGGAUUUCGAUGAUGUGGUUUACACGCUCGACAGGCGAGAGGAGGAGCUCGCGGCUUAUAUGUCCGGCUUGCAAAUCUCGGCGAGUAAGAGUGUUGUGGCAAAUGAGAAAAUUAGUAGUAAUCGUAAGACGAAGAAGACGAAGAUAAAGAAGAAAAAUGAAGAAACGGUUGAUUCGACGGCUCUGUUGAUCGCCUGCGCCGAAUCCAUAGCCUCGGGCGAUCUCCCGAAAGCGAAGGAAAUGCUCGGAAAAAUCCGGCAGCACUCGUCCAUCUGCGGCGACGCGGUCCAGAGGCUGGCCCACUACUUUGCAGAAGGCCUUGAGGCCCGUAUGUUCGGGACGGGCGGCAGCGAGGAGGCGCGAAACGGGCCGGGCCCUUCCGACUACUUGAAAGCCCACUGCAUGUCGGUCGUGUUCUCUCCUUUCCGUAGAGUCCUCAACUUCGCCUCGAACUACAUGAUCGUGGCCCGCUCGUCGAAAGCAUCGAGAAUCCAUGUCAUCGACUUCGGCAUCUCGUUCGACUUCCAGUGGCCGAUCCUCAUCCGGCGCCUCGCCGCGCGGCCCGGCGGCGGGCCGCCGCCGUCCCUCCGGAUAACCGGCAUCGAUUUCCCCCUCCCGGGCCCGCGGCCCGCGGAGCGGGUCGACGAGAUGGGCCGGCGGCUGGCCCGCUACGCGGAGGCCCACGACUUGCCGUUCGAGUACAAGUCGGUGGCGCGCGCGUGGGGGGACGUGACGCGGGAGGACCUAGAGAUUCGGGCUGGGGAGGAGUUCGUGGUGGUCAACCUCUCCGAGAGGGCGAAGACCCUACCCGACGAGAUGAAUGCAGCGUUCGAGAAAUCGAGGGCGAACGUGCUCGAGUUGAUCCGCAAAGCGAGGCCCGAUAUAUUCGUGCAAGGGGUGGUGAACGGGUCACACGGGAACUCGUUCUUCCUGUCUCGUUUUCGGGAGGCGCUUUUCCACUACUCGGUGGUGUUCGACAUGCUUGAAACGACAGCCGGGCCGGGUGGCGGUGGGGCUGAGAGGAUGGUGGUCGAGAGGGACGUGUUGGGAAAGGAAGUGCUGAAUGUGGUGGCUUGCGAGGGUUGGGAGAGGGUCGAGAGGCCCGAAACAUAUAGGCAGUGGCACGGGAGGAACGUGAGGGCGGGAUUCGAGCAGGUACCGCUCGAGAAGGGGCUGACCGGCGAGUUGAAUCGGAGGUUGAAGGGAUUUUACCACAAAGAACAUGUGAUAGUCGAGGGGAAUCGGUGGCUGUUGAUGAGCUGGAAAGGACGGACGUUGUACGCGCUGUCCUUCUGGAGACCGGCGAGUUGA